UUAUUAUUUUUUUUUAGCAAAAGAAAAAGAUCUUCUCCUUGGGAAGAUAUCAAUAUUUUCAUAUUCCUAGGCUUAAAUUACUGUGGCCUGCUCCCCCUACCCCUUCUGCUUUUGCUUUUUCUUCUUCUUUUUAGUAAGCUAAAGUUUGUGUAUCUUCAAGAAAAUAAAGCUCUGAUCUUUAAGGCUGUAACUUAUAGUAUAUCAAAAAAGCUCAAUGACUCUUGGUUCAGGAGGAUCUAGCGUAGUUGUCCCACGGAACUUUAGGUUGCUCGAGGAACUUGAACGUGGGGAAAAAGGUAUUGGAGAUGGUUCUGUUAGCUACGGGAUGGAUGAUGCAGACGAUGUUUUUAUGCGUUCUUGGACUGGAACAAUAAUUGGUCCUAACAAUGACAUACAUGAGGGACGUAUUUAUCAGUUGAAGUUAUUCUGUGACAAAGACUAUCCAGACAAACCUCCAAGUGUUCGUUUCCAUUCACGCAUCAACAUGACUUGUGUGAACCCCGAGAGCGGAGUGGUUGAAGCAAAGAAGUUCCGUAUGCUGGAAAAUUGGCAGAGAGAAUACACCAUGGAAGAUAUACUGACCAAGUUGAGAAAAGAAAUGGUUGCACCUCACAACCGAAAGCUUGUUCAACCCCGAGAAGGUACCUUUUUCUGAAUGGAGUAGCCACAAGAAUUGUAUAAUGGACAUUAUUUUGCCCCACAUAAUGUGGAUUAUGGGGUGGUUAGAUUCCACACUUUGUGUGAUCCUACCCCAGUGUUUAGGGAUCCAGACGAACCUGCAUUAAAAUAAAGAUAAACGGUGUUAUAAUUUUGUAGAAUCUUUGUAGAUAAUUUGUAGAUAUAGUGAAAAUUUUGUAGUCAUCCAUUUUAGGAUGUCAGACAUUGUAGUUAAAUUGUAUUAUAACUGUUGCAAUUUGUAGAAUCUUUGUAGAUAAUUUAUUUAAAGACAACAUUUUGAAAUCAACAAUUUCUAAUCAUAGAUUGUAGUUUAUUUUGUCUUAUAAA